UGGAGCAGCAGACUGUUCAUCAGCUUCCACAAAGACUAAUGUGAGGAGCUGACACCACUGUCAUUCUUCACUGUGUGAUGGACAGAGGUUAAAGGUCAAGACAAAAACAUCAGGAAUGAACUGUGACGCCGCAUAUUGACAAAUUCUCCGUGGCAGCCGGCAGCUGCCGGCAUCUUCACACUUUCCAUAGAGGAAAAAGGGAUUUGGCAACUUUUGCAGGAAAUCCAUAGAAAAAAAAAAAAAAAAAAAAGUAUUAAUCCUAAAUAAACUGAGUCUGAGAAGGAUAUUUGAACGUCUGCCCAAUCGGGUGAGAUAUUGUAAUUCCACUGGUUUCUAAUGCAAUUUCACAUCUUCCAAGAACAUUUCUAUCCAGACUCCAGGCGGAUGUGAGGAGGAGCCCCCGCGAGCGAGACAGCUGUGGACAAUCCGAGACUUGAACUGAGGAUGAGGACGCCCUGACUCUGUCCUCCACUGCACAGCAUUAUAAUACAUGAGAUGACAUAAUUUCACAUUUUCCAAUCUGCAAAUGCAGAGCAGGUUAAUGUUAAUGAUGGUAUCAAAUCAAGUGAUAGAAAACCACUGGACCCUUUCAUCAUUGUGUCAGGAUGAUCACCUCCUCCCUCUUCUUGCCUCUCUCCUCCCAGCUGUGUCUCUGCCUCUAAACCACUGGUCAGGAGGGGCUUGUUUGUGUGUUUGUUUGUUUGCUUGCUUGUUUGUUUUCACUGCGCUGUGUGUGUGUGUGUGUGUGUGUGUGUGUGUGUGUGUGUGUGUGUGUGUGUGUGUGGUGCUGAUGCUGUGCGCUCCUGAGCCAGGAAAAAAAAAAAAAAAAAAAAAAAAAAGCUCCUCUGGAGUCUGAAAACCAAUCAGAGCGCUUAUCAGACUUCACCACUCUGUCUCUCUCUGCAAAGCAGCCGGCGCACUUGUUCCCCACAGUCCCUCGACUCUCCACACUCUUCCUCCUCCUGCCUCUCUGGAAGGAAGAUGGUACCGUGCACAGCGCGCCCUGCACGCGGACCAAAGUCGUCACCGAUCGACUCGCUGCGGGAAUUUUAAACUCAUCAUGCCGGGUUACGCCAGGUUUCUGCUUUUGCUCCUGUGUCUGAUUCUUGUCGGGGAGUGCAGGAAGCACAAAAGUAGGAAAAAGCGAUGGUCGGCGCCGGCGGAGACUCACAAGCUCGGCAAUCCUCUGUCGAAGAAGGUUGCGGAUGGAACCAAAACCCGAAAGGUGAAGACCACCCACCUUCUGCGCAUCGACGAGCAUGACUUCACUAUGAGGCCCGCCUUCGCAGGUCCUGCUGUCCCUGUCGGAGUGGAUGUUCAGGUGGAGAGCUUGGACAGCAUAUCAGAGGUCGACAUGGACUUCACCAUGACCCUGUAUCUGAGGCACUACUGGAAGGACGAGAGGCUGGCCUUCCCGAGCACCACCAACAAGAGCAUGACCUUUGACGGGCGGCUGGUGAAGAAAAUCUGGGUGCCUGACGUGUUUUUUGUCCACUCCAAGAGAUCCUUCAUCCACGACACCACCACCGACAACAUCAUGCUGCGGGUCUUCCCAGAUGGUCAUGUCCUGUACAGCCUGAGGGUUACAGUUACCGCUGCAUGCAACAUGGAUUUCAGUCGUUUCCCUUUGGACUCGCAGACAUGCACGCUGGAGCUGGAGAGCUAUGCUUACACAGACGAGGACCUGAUGCUGUACUGGAAAAGCGGCGAUGAGUCUCUGAGCACUGACGACAGGAUUUCUCUGUCGCAGUUCCUCAUCCAGAAGUUUCACACUACCUCCAGACUGGCUUUCUACAGCAGCACAGGCUGGUACAACCGUCUGUACAUCAACUUCACUCUGCGGCGUCACAUCUUCUUUUUCUUGCUCCAAACCUACUUCCCCGCCACUCUGAUGGUCAUGUUGUCCUGGGUGUCUUUCUGGAUUGACCGCAGGGCCGUCCCUGCCAGAGUCUCACUAGGUAUAACCACGGUGCUCACCAUGUCCACCAUCAUCACUGGAGUCAAUGCCUCCAUGCCCAGAGUCUCCUACAUCAAAGCUGUGGAUAUUUACCUCUGGGUCAGUUUCGUCUUUGUGUUCCUGUCUGUGCUUGAAUAUGCUGCCGUCAACUACCUGACGACAGUGAGGGACGGUAAAGAACGGAAGCUCAGAGAAAAAGUCAGGGAACAGUCCCAGACCCUUCCCUGCACCUGUGGCAUGUCGCAUGCCAGGACCAUGAUGCUGGAUGGGACAUACAGCGAGGCAGAUGCCAACAGCUUGGCAGGGUACACCAGAGCCUCCAUGAUGGCUGAGGAUGCGUCCGAAAAACAGGAGCGAAUGGUGGUGCAUCUCUCCCUGGACAACGAGUCCACGGGGACCAAGAAAAAGGGCAUUCGCGGCUUCCGGAUUAUCCAGAACACCCACGCCAUUGACACCUACUCUCGCAUGAUCUUCCCUGGUGCCUACAUCCUGUUUAACCUGAUCUACUGGUGUGUGUACUGCUGAGUGUGUGCGUACUGUUUGAGCCUAAACUGUAGCAGUGAAAGAAAAAAACUGCAACCUUGGAGAAGAAGUAGUUGUUCCCAUACUGCAUGUUCACGUGGAGCAACGAGUUUGGCAAGAGGGCUGAAAAAAAUAUCACUGGCUCCUGGGUGUGAAUUUCAACAGCGCUGGCUCACACAUCACCAUCGGACUGGACCGCAUACACAGCUUCUUCUCCUUUACAUAACUGCAUCAGAAGCUCAUAUGUUCCCCAAUCAUAUUCCAACAAUCGGGUGGGGCUGGUUGCACAAGUAGACUACUCUAAUGCCAGUUGUAUAAAAAUAAAAAACAGACUCAUUUUAAGCCUAAAAUGUUAGCCACCAUACCCCAAGUCUAAUAACAUAACAAUGAUAUCACCACGGAUUUGCAUUCAUUUGGUUUCUGGCAACACAACUUUUGUUAGUCUGAUUUUUCACUCUCAUUCUUCUCUGUUUUGUUCCCCACCAACUCCCAAAGAAAUAUAAUUGGCUCUCUGCUGUAACCAAGGUUGAUGAGAGUAGAGCUCACUUAUCGGACGAUUUGCCCGAAUCUGGACCCAGACACCAUCCUCUCUGGACCCGGACCCAUAACCUAUGAAUUAUUGAGAAUUAUUAGACUUUGAUAGAGGCACAGCCUUUAUGGCACUGGUCACUUCCCUCAGCCAAUCAUUGCGACUCGAGUCAGUGAGUGAGACGCAGGCGGUGAGAGACGACAUCGGAGAAAUAAGUGGGGAAAGUGGUAUUUAACAGGGAAAGAAAGAGAAAGGGACGGGUCAAAGCUGUUCUGUCGUUAGGCUGUGUUGAGAUUGUGUUUUAUAAAAAUGGUCGACACUGUUAAGAUGUGGAAUGGGCUAAAAAGAAGAAAAAGGGAUACUGAAGCUACACUUUUUAUUUCAUAUUUCUAAAAUUAACCACUUUAAUUAAGAUGUACCUUUUUCAAAAGCUCUGUUUGGACUUAGUACAGGUCUUACUCAACUUGAAAUGAAAAAGGAACAUAUAAUUAUUAUUACAUAAGGUAAAAGAAAAGUUUGAAGUUCUUAUUCCACUACCCCGACCAAUGUUCCUUUGCUUGAGGAUAUGUUGUCUAACUGGACGUCUUUGAAUUUUAAUUUAAUACCCCUGGAGAAGAGUUUUAGCUGAAGUGAGAGGCCAAAAUGUUGUGAAGAUGGAUUGUCACCAUAGCAACCUAUUUUACAUCGCACAUAGUCAUAUGAUCCAUAGUUCAUAUAGAAAAAGAACUUAUAUUUACAUUUACAUUUAUUCAUCUGGCAGACGUUUUUUAUCCAAGUAAGGGACAUCACUAAAGCUUCGGGGCAGAAGGAGACCUACAUUUAUUUGAUAAGUGAAAGGAGAGUGUCUUCAUGUCUGUCAGAAGCUGGACUGUUAGAUCUGAGCUACAGUCAAAGUCUGUCUCUGUGCAACCAGCCCCCGCCAAAUGAUACUCUCUACUCUCUGAAGCUCUCUAUUUUCGAUCAAACUGACAAAAUAAUAAGAGCAUAUAAUUUGGCUGCUAUUGCCUCUGUAACCUUUGGAACUGACUGAGUCAUAUAACUGAAUGUGUCCAGAACAGAUGGCUAAUGAGGCAGUAAAGGAGCUAAAUACCAGGCUUUCUUCCCUUAACAGCCCUCCGACUACAGCGGCAAUAUUUCACUUCAAGUGGUAGUCCUUCCCUGUAUUCCUCAAUGGCUUCUGUUGACAUUCACCAGAUUAAAGCAGCCCAUAAAGCCAGGACUAAACAGGAUGCUACUACUCUGUGGGUUUUAAAGCACCAUAUAUCACUGUUUCUGAGGAAAGUGUUUAUUUAUUUAUGUAUCUGCAGGAUUCUCUAUUCACUGAAUUUAUUUUAUUUAGUAUUUAUUUAUUUAUUUUUAGUGCAGCAAUACGAUCCAUGUGCCAUGACACCUUAAGUUGGCAAAGAUUCCACGAAACAGGGCUUGUACAAAACUGCUUGAUGCAUGCUGCAAGACGUGCAAUACUGUAUCUUUCUAGUUGUAUAUUUCUUAGAAAGGACUUUAAAACACGGAAAGCUUUACCAGUGAUGUAACCAACUUGAACCGCCUUAAGUGAACAUUUUUUUAUACACCAACAUGGUUUAAUGGCUGUAUUUUUUUUUUUUCAUUUGUUUGUUUGAGCACCAUGAGUGGUAGUUUUAUUGAGGUUUUCUAAGCAGUAUAUACAGUUUAGCAUUUUAUUUAAUUAUGUGGGUAAAUAGUAAGUUAAGCUAGAGGCUUUAGGCUAACCACACUGUGAUGUGUGUGAUUUCACCCGUCACAAGUGCUACACUUUCAUUCCUCAAAACUGGUUUACAUGUCAAUAUUUCAAAAACAGAUUCUGGAAAAUUAUUUCAAUUUCAAUUAUUUCGUUUUUUAAAUUAGCUUAUUCACCUUCUUGCUAACCAGUAAAGCCCAUUUAUGUUUAUGCUGCGCUAAGGGAUAUGCUGUAGCGUACAACCGCUACAUGUGUAGCCUCUGGGAAUCCCAUUAGCUCCUUGCACCAAGUAUGUAUCCAGCUUUUGAUGAAUUUCAUGUCUAUUCAUAUUAGAAUACAGCGCUAAACCGGGAGGUGAUUAGCUUAGCUAAGCACAAGACAGGAAGCAGGGGAAACAGCACCAACCACACCUCUGAAGCUAACUAAAUAACUCACAAAUUAACAAAUUGUGGCUUGUUUGUUUAGUCAGUACUCAGUCAGAAAUGUGAGAAAGAAACUUGGGGAGAGAGACUGUCAUUGCGUUCAUGAGCUCUUUCUAGUUUUACUGUAUCUAGUGAGGAGGGAGUGACGUAUUGGUCCUGCUGACGUAAAUUUCAGUCAGCCAUGAAGCAGCAGUAGUGGUUGCUCAGUGCAGUUAAUUUUCUUUACAUUGAUCAAAAAAGUCAGUUUAAGAGAUGUUGUUUCUGUUUAUGAACUCACAAAAACCCAUACAGGUGCAUCCAUCUCAUCCAUGCUUAUUUUUCUAUUGCUGUUGCUAAACUUUGUAGCUUCUCAUGUAGCUUCCCACCUAGCUAGCCAUAGCUGGCAGCUAGCUAGCUAGGUGGGUUUCCUAUCCUUAUUCAUUGUAUGAUUCAGCGUAAGAUUUGAUUGGUCAAAUGUUUCUCCAACCCGGGGAGGCAGUCAUCAGUUCGCACAAUCCCAGAUCUUUGACUGAGCGAGCUAGGCUAGCUGUGUCACCCUGCUUCCAGUCUUAGCGCUAAGCUAGGCUAGCUGCCUCUUGGCUCAAGCCCCAUACGUCCAUACUGUACAGAUAUGAGAGUGGCAAAAAAGUACAUUUCGCAAAAUGUAAAACUGUACCUGGUGCUCCUUUAAAGCCAAGGUCUCAUCCUGAUUCAUGAUGUACUCAGCAACCAUUAUUGCAAUUUACCUUGAUGGCUAAAUGUGAUUUUUUUUUUAUUUGUGUUUUUCUCUUCUUUUUUUUUUUUUCGAAUGGAUCUCUAAUAACAGUGAGUCAGAUGAUCUCUCAGUGCAAAAACAUAAAACAAGAAGCACAUUUUUGCAGAUCUCUCAUCUUCCAAACCAACAUCUCUUCUACCUUCGUCUUCAGAAAAUGUUCAGAAUGUAAUGCUUUCGGAGCAAAUUUCAUAAAUAAAGUCUCUCUUUCGCGCA